ACGAACGCGUGUGUCAAUUUAAAAUUUGACGGUUACUUUGACUGUUGAGCGAAAGAUUCAAACACCGUUGUUUUGAAACGGAGUUAUUAUUUAAUUUAAUUUAAAGCCUUGUGACUUCUGAUUCAUGUGACGCGAAGGAACCGUUGGAACUAUAAUUGUUUCAAUUGUGAGCAGUGGUGGUGUGGUGAAUGUGCAGUGACAGGCUUCUUUUUGUUCAAUGAGAUAAGUUGUGUGGUGAUUUUUAAACAUGGUCAAAAUAGAGAGAGCCCCUGGUCUGGGCGGCGUGAAGUCUUGUGCUCUGGCACCAUCGAAGAGUGGAUCAACACAGAACAUGGCUGCAAAUAUAAAGGUUGUUGUGAGAGUUCGGCCUCUGAACCAAAGGGAACUAGACAUGAACACCCGCGUCGUGGUGGACGUAGUUGACGAAAAGAUGUUAGUGUUCGAUCCUAAGGAAGAGAUGCGGCCUUUCUUCUACCAAGGAGUCCAGCAACCUAAUAAGAACUUUUUAAAGCGCGCAAACAAGGAGUUAAAGUUUGUAUUUGAUAAUGUAUGUGGCCAGAAUGCAACCAACAAUGAUGUGUUUGAGACUACUACUAAGGAUAUUCUGUCUUCUCUGAUGGAGGGGUAUAACUGUUCUGUGUUUGUAUAUGGAGCUACUGGUGCAGGCAAGACCUUCACUAUGAUAGGUAAUGCUGAGAAUCCUGGCAUUACCUAUUUGACCAUGGAACACUUAUUUUACACAAUUAAUUCUUAUGAAAAAGAGAGGGAGUUUGAUAUUGGAGUUUCUUACAUUGAGGUAUACAAUGAAAAUGUAUACGACUUAUUAAAACCUUCAAGCACACCUUUGCAACUGCGGGAAGACUCCAAAUAUGGUGUGAUGGUGGCGGGUCUGACGCUGAACAGCAUUAAGACUGCUCGGGAACUCCUCAAUAUGCUGGAGAAUGGCAACAAGAACAGGACUCAACAUCCAACUGAUGCUAACGCUGAGAGCUCCAGGAGUCAUGCAGUUUUUCAAGUAUACGUAAAAAUGCGCUACAAGACUAGUAGUCAGCUGCGCAUUGUAAAGCUCUCUAUGAUCGACCUGGCGGGCAGUGAGCGCGCGUCUGCUACCGGCUGCGUCGGCGACCGGUUCAAGGAGGGCGCCAACAUCAACAGGAGCUUGCUGUCCUUGGGCAACUGUAUCAACAAGCUGGCUGAUGGCAGCAGUUAUAUACCUUACAGAGACUCAAAACUGACAAGACUUCUGAAGGACAGUCUCGGCGGUAACUGCAAGACGGUCAUGAUCGCCAAUGUUUCCCCUGCAAGCACCAGUUAUGAGGACACAUACAACACACUCAAGUACGCAGCCAGAGCUAACAAGAUCCAACUCAGUAUAAAGAAGAAUAUUGUGGAAGGAGACGUCAGGUUGUCACAGUAUGUGAAGAUAAACCAAGAAUUGAUGAAGAAGGUCAAAGAAUUGGAGGCGAAAUUAUCAUUGUCUAGUGUUAAGGUCGUGUCUCGAGAACCAGACAUGGCUAAGGAGAAAGCGAAACAAGAAUGGCGUAAGCGCAUCUCUGCAGAAGAGGAAGUAUACAGUGGGCUGGAGUCGAAGUUGUUGAGCCUGAUGUCCCGGCAGCGCGUGCUGGCGCUGCGCCAGCGACUGCGGACGCGCGCCUUCACGCAUGUCGCUGACCUCGCGCACCGCUCCUCUACUGAAGCUAUGGAACAGAUGUGUAACGAAGAAAUCCCGCGACAAGAACGUGCAGCGGAAAAUUACAUGAAACAAUCUGUUAACUUAGACUCCAAGGUACUAACAGCAUGGACGAAAUGGGACGAAUGCAAGAAGAAACUCCAUGUUAUAUGUCAACAAGCGCUUUCAGACUGCCCGGAACUAAGUGAUUUCGUUGAUAAAGUACACUUGAACUGUGAAUUACGACAGAUUAGAGCUAGAGAUAACUUACGGCAGAAAUUGUUAUCUAUAGAGAACGAUGAGAUCGAAGCCUUCACAGAAUACAUGAGCGACAUGCCUAGUAUGUUGAAGAAGUUGUACCUGACGCUGAAAGGCUAUGACAAAGCCCCGCCAGCAUUGACGGCGGAAUACUUAGAAAUCAUGAAGAAAGCUAAGUCGGCUAAGGGCAUCACGUGGUCGGAUGAUGGUAACGAGGGCGACGCACACUUCAAGUUCGUCUCGACAUUAGACCUCAAGAAACCAUCAACUACACUAGAGUAUGGUUUCUCUAAAAAGGAAGACGUUAACGCAACCGUCGAUGUCAUUACCGACAGUGAUGAUCUUACUGACUUAGAGAAUAAGGAACCUAUCAAGUUAUCAGCCAAAAAGCGCAAAGGAACACCCAUUAAACUGCUUAAUAACGAAACUAUAAUUAUCAACGAUUCCUUCGAGAGUAUGGAUACGACGAGAAACUUGAAUUCUGCCAAGAAGAUCAAGAGAGAAUACGACUUCGCAGCGGACGUUGAAAACUAUGGUAUUAUUGAUCCAAAGGAUCUGAAUUCGACAUUUGUGAUGACUGGAAAAGUGGAAUCUAUGAAGAAACCACUUAAGACUGAAUUUAAGAUGGAACUAAAUCCAGUGAAGAAAGGACUGACGGAUAGGACGAAUACUAUGCCAAGGACUAUCAAUUUUGGUGACAAAGCUAAAGUAGUGAAGCCAGUGGUGGGUAAGGCGUUGCCGUUCAGACGUCCACCGCUGCAGCAGAACCCGCCACAAAGAAACUUCGGUUUCGGCUCCAGUGUACCGCGGGACGCUCAGGCGCAGAGAAACGUGCAAGACUCGAUGGCUCGGGGCAAGACGAAUGUAACUCAAAAAUCAGUCGGUUGUAAAGCAGUGCGGGCGAGGGACAGGUUCCAGUCACACCCUUACUCCAGGCCGCCGCCCAUCUCCAGGAAGUAACGACAAAGACAAGACGACUGUACAAAUAGGCUACGUAAUAGAGGUUUGUAUGACCUAAUUAUAAAUGUUGAUCUUAAUAUUAAGUUGAUUUAAGAUUGUAGACUGAUUGCAAUAUCUAAAAUCUGUCACAUAUUUACUGAACUUAAACCAAUUUAAGUUCUUUCCCACAAUUAUGUACUUUAAUUAAAACAUAAAAUGUUACUAAAAAUUCAGAAUGCUCAUUUACAAUAUACGAGACUAAGUCACAAAUUAACCUUUUCGCCGCCCAGCUAUACUAAACACGAUGUGUCGCCGUACGCCAACGUAUAAAUGUAUAGUACGAAAGUAGGGAUGGCGGUAACAUCAUGUCGAUAAUGAAAAAAAAUAUGUGUAAAUUUAAAUUGGUACUCAAAUUUACAAUUAAAAAUACAAACUGUUAAAUUAUAA